AUGAUGCUCCGCUUCCUUUUGCUCACCCUUGCAGCUGGACUCCGCUUGAACAACGACCCGAUGCGGCCGUGGGAAGAGCACCCAGCAAGCACGGCCGAGGAGCUUCAGGAGCUCCUGACAAGCAUGAUUGCGGAGGCCGGCACCGUUCAGGUCCCUCACAAGGCCGGCGGUGCAGAAGCGCAGGAGGUGGAGCUCAGCAAGGUGGUUGCCGACAUGCUUAAGCCCAAAGAUCUGCUUGCCAACAUGAUCCACACGAUCUGGCAGAGUAGCAGCACGAAGCGGUGCCAUCAGCAGCUACAGCAGGUGAUGGGCAAUCUUACGCUUACCUGCGAAGGGUUGCAGCCAAAAGCCGACUGGCUUCUCGACUACUAUGCUUCUCCCCUCCCGAACAAGACCUGCACCCAAAGCGUCAGCGACAUCUUUGCUUCGGGAGACGAGCUCGUCCCGAUCCUCCAAGUCUCCAGAGAUGCAGUGGCUUCCUUGGAUGUGUCCGACGAGGUGCUCCGUCGGUAUCAGGCGCUCUCCUUUUUGAGGAACUGGCUGGUGAAGCUCACCCGCACUCAUCAUCAUGCACUGAUUUGGGCCGGCUUCUGGGAUGGGGACCCGCAGAAGCGCACGACGAAAGGGAAGCUUUCCAACUUUGCCAAGUCAAUAGAGCAUGCGACGAUGCACCCAGACAGCUUCCUCGGCCAAGUCAUCGAGGGGAGCCAGAACCUCGACGCUUGCUACGAGGAUGCCCAGACCAUUGCACUUGCAGGAAACAUGUGGUCCAUCGCGAGCAUGAGCUUCGUUCUCGGGAUGCGCGAGAAAGCGCAAGGAACCGUCAUCGCUCUGGUCAACAAGAAGAUCACGGGGGAGCGCAACUUGUCCCAGUCCGUGCUUUCCACCCAUGAAAUCCCCACAGUGGGGCUCGCAGCCUGGGGGCUCGGGUUCUGGUCUCCGAAAGUGAUCAUCGUGGACCUCAUGGGCACGUGCAGCCAGACGAGCCCUGCUCUGCAGAAGCAGCUGUUUGUGCGCUUGCCCGCCUGGGCCAGGUCGAUGAAACACUGGAGUGCAGAAGCCUUUGCGAGGAGGUCGCAGCUGCAGUGGCAGUGCAUCGACUGCUCGGGCGCUUGCAGCCUUGACGACGCCUUGGCAGAGCAUGUGGAGAAGUUGGUCAAGGCCAAAGAGGCGCAGGACCGGAAGGACCAGGAGUUGCGCCAGGUCCUGAGUGCUCUCGCGGUACACGGAGCCGUUCUUAAGCACAGCGCAAUACCGGCGGGCGUCGCCCUCAAGCUUAUGAGCAAGCUGGUGAAGAAGCGGAGAUUUCAGAAUCUGAAAGAGGUGAAGGAGCGCGCACUUGCGCUGGCCCGUGACCGGGAAGACAUCGGGGAGGCGGAGCGGGGGAUUCCGGAGCUCGAUGCAGCGACCAGGCAACUGAAGGUGAAGCAGCUGCUCAAGCAGAAUGCUGAUCCGAACGUUCCGGACAUGCUCGGCUGCACGGCCCUCAUCUACGCCGCAUACGAAGGACACCAGGAGUUGAUCGAACCCUUGCUGAGUGCUGGAGCGCAGCUGGAGGCCCGUGAUGAGGUAGGCAGUACAGCCCUCAUCUGGGCUGUCCGCCAAGAUCACAUGCAGGCGGUCGAGGCAUUGCUCAAAGCUGGAGCCCAGAUGGAGACCCAAACUGACUUCGGCAGCACAGCCCUCAUCGAUGCUUCAACGAAAGGCCGUGUGAAAAUGGUCGAGGCGCUGGUGAAGGCCAGAGCCCAGCUGGAGGCCCCAAAUGCGGCUGGCAACACAGCCCUUAUCCAGGCUGCGCGCUACGGCCGUUUGAAGGUGGUCGAAGUGCUGCAGAGGGCCGGAAGCAAGCUGGAGGCCCGCGAGAAGAGUGGCAGCACAGCCCUCAUGCGUGCGGCCUACAAUGGCCACCUGCAGGUGGUCGAGGCGUUGCUCAAAGCUGGAGCCCAGAUGGAGACCCGAACUGAGAUGGGCAGCACAGCCCUCAUCAACGCUGCCAAGCAAGGCCACUUAAAGGUGGUCGAAGUGCUGGUGAAGGCCGGAGCCCAGCUGGACGCCACCAAUCUGCAUGGCAGAACAGCCCUCAUGUAUGCCUCACUGAAAGGCAACCUGAACAUGGUCGAGGUGUUGCUGAAGGCCUCAGCCCAGCUGGAAGCCAGUGACAACGCGGGCCUCACGGCCCUCAAAAUUGCUGAAGUUUCCGGCCGCUUGAAC